CGGGGUCGCAACAGGAACCCCCCGCGUAAUGUCCGGGAGUGCGAAAAGGGUGACUGCGGGGCGAUGCUAGUGAGCCCAGACCUAUGUCUGUCAGGAGCCUCCAUCGCCGGGUAUCAGGACCCGGUGGAUAUGUGCAACACUUCCACAAUCAAAACGGGGAGAAAACUUUACUUAUCACAAAGGCUAGGUCGGCGGAACAAUCGGUCAUAUGGAGGGACGGCGGGGACGGAGAGAGACGUGGAGGAGCUAGGCGCGUGCCCAGUCUGCGGCUAGCGAACGGGCGGGUGGCCGCAGCUCAGUCCGAAGAGGAGAUCCGCUCGCCGCCGCCGCGCCGCUUGGCCAAGGAUGACUCCAUCAAGAUCAGCAUCGAGAACACCAACACGUGCACCGACUCCCUGGUGACCGCACUCGAUGACGAGACGCUGCUCAUCGCGGACUUCCUCUCCAACGACAUGAACUACAAGGGCAGCGGCAAGGUGCACUUCGGUGUAGACGAUGUGUCGCUCUAUGGCACCCCCAAGGAGGAGCCGGGCCCGACGCCGCUCGGUUCCACCGAAGCUGGCAAGCAGAGUUUCCUCAAGAACCAACUGCAGGCCCUCUUUCAGCCCACCGACAACAAGCUGGCGAUGAAGCUCUUCGGCUCCAAGAAGGCGCUGAUGAAGGAGCGCAUUCGACAGAAGGCCGCCGGACACUGGGUCAUACAUCCUUGCUCCAGCUUCCGGUUCUAUUGGGACCUCUGUAUGCUGCUUCUGUUAGUAGCGAAUCUCAUCAUCCUGCCUGUAGCCAUUAGUUUCUUUAACGAUGAUUUGAGUACGCGAUGGAUUGCCUUUAAUUGUCUAUCGGAUACAAUAUUUCUUAUAGAUAUCGUUGUCAAUUUUAGAACAGGUAUAAUGCAACAAGAUAACGCGGAGCAGGUUAUUCUCGACCCAAAGUUAAUCGCCAAACAUUACUUGAGGACCUGGUUUUUCCUGGACCUCAUCUCGUCCAUUCCUCUAGAUUAUAUAUUUCUAAUAUUUAACCAAUUCCAGGAUUUCGGCGACAGUUUUCAAAUCCUGCACGCCGGCCGCGCGCUCCGCAUCCUGAGACUCGCCAAAUUGUUGUCGCUAGUGAGAUUGUUACGUUUGUCCAGACUUGUCCGAUAUGUCAGUCAAUGGGAGGAAGUUUAUAUCCCCAUGUACCAACACCCCCAAGGUCGGCAGGCUGAAUAUGCCCCAGACGGUACCCCAAUUACCCCACCUAGAGACAGGACGACCGAGAUCUUGCAGAAUCUUCAAAAAAAGCGAACGGAACGAAGGGGGCGCCUCAGUUCGGAGGUCAACAAGUCUAAAUACAGCAAAAGCAAUCUGAUAUUUAAGUUUCUUAACAUGGCGAGCGUAUUCAUGAGGAUCUUCAAUCUGAUUUGCAUGAUGCUCCUGAUUGGACAUUGGUCUGGAUGUCUGCAAUUUCUCGUACCGAUGCUGCAGGGUUUCCCAUCGAAUUCAUGGGUAGCCAUUAAUGACUUGCAGGAAGCCUUCUGGUUGGAACAAUAUUCGUGGGCCUUAUUCAAAGCAAUGUCUCACAUGCUGUGCAUAGGCUACGGCCGUUUUCCACCGCAAUCUCUAACGGAUAUGUGGCUGACCAUGCUCUCGAUGAUAUCCGGCGCCACGUGUUACGCGCUGUUCCUUGGUCACGCGACCAAUCUCAUCCAGAGUCUGGACUCCUCGCGGCGGCAGUAUCGCGAGAAGGUGAAACAAGUCGAGGAGUACAUGGCGUAUAGAAAACUACCGCGAGAGAUGCGCCAGCGCAUCACCGAAUAUUUCGAGCAUCGCUAUCAAGGCAAGUUCUUCGAUGAGGAGUGCAUCCUGGGCGAGCUGUCGGAGAAGCUCCGCGAGGACGUGAUCAACUACAACUGCAGGUCGCUGGUGGCGUCGGUGCCGUUCUUCGCGAACGCCGACUCGAAUUUCGUCUCGGACGUCGUUACCAAGCUGAGAUAUGAAGUCUUCCAACCAGGUGAUAUUAUAAUAAAAGAGGGAACGAUCGGCUCCAAGAUGUACUUCAUCCAGGAAGGAAUCGUGGAUAUAGUCAUGUCCAACGGGGACGUGGCGACCAGCUUGAGUGAUGGUUCAUACUUCGGUGAGAUCUGCUUGCUGACGAAUGCUCGACGUGUGGCGUCCGUACGUGCCGAAACCUAUUGCAAUCUCUUCUCGCUGUCGGUGGACCACUUCAACGCCGUACUAGACCAGUACCCGUUGAUGAGGCGCACAAUGGAAUCGGUAGCCGCCGAGAGGUCAGUGCGUUGGCUAAACAAAAUCGGCAAGAAUCCGAAUCUGGUGGCGCAUCGCGAGGAGGAUCUCGGCAGCGAGAGCAAAACCAUCAACGCAGUUGUGAACGCGCUGGCGGCGGAAGCGGAUCACGUCAAUCUCUCCGACGAGUCGGUGGCGCGUCUGCACGCCAGCGAUCGCAGCCUGCAGGAGUUGGGCCGCACGCUGCAGAAGUUAACAACAUUACCGCGACCCAAGUCGGAGAACAACUUUGCCUCGCAGGAUAUACCGCUGACACGUGGCGGCGACCACAACGGACGGCCGUCGUUCCACAAGUCGGACACGUUUCACAAAGAAUCGGCAUUUCAAUGACGGCACUCCACGCACUAGUGCUCUCUGCCCUCUCUUUUUCGACUCGACGUCUCUCAUCGACUUCUCUUCAUCAUCUCUACCGACUGACUUUCUUCUGGAGUGCUUGUGCGUGUUAAAAAUGAUCAACUGCUGAUUCAAAUCUCUUGCAAGCGACAUGCGAACCCAACAAAAUAUGCAAAAAAAAACAACAACCAAAAACAACAACAACCACCAGUCAAGCGACACUUGAAAGGAUAACGUUAAAGCAAUACGUGUGCAUUGGACACAAAGCGCUAGAGAAACUGCAAUACUAGGAAAUAAACUUAAGUUGUAGCUUAACAAAUGAAUUAUUAGCUGCUCAAUGAAUCAACUAGACAAUUACACAAAGAGUUUUAUGCAUAAUAUUGAAGCGACUAAACGAAUUCGCCCGGUUUUUGGUUCAUGAUUAAUUUCGAACGACAUCAAUUACGAGUGUUACCACACGGAGCGCGGAAUAAUGUACAAACACAACAAUCAACACAAAUAUGUAAAAAGCAAACAUACUACAAAUCGAGACAAUAUUCGAUGAUAAUGAAGCGAUAUAAUAAAGAGUAAGCGAAACAAAAAAAAAGGGUAAAGCACUGAUCUAAUAAUAAAUAAGUAAGUAAUAUAAGUACAGUAUUUUUGCGCGUAAACAGCAAAAAAGAGUAUUUUUCAUAAUAAAAGCUGAUGAGACAGCCCGAAAUACAAACAUAUAGGACGGACACAUAGGCAGAAAAUAUGUUUUGAGCCAUGCUAUGCAGCUAAAACCGGAAAAAUAUUACCUACAAGAGUCUCAAGCGCGGAUAUCAGCUAUUUCAACUCGAAUAUCUCCUAUUUAUUUCAUUUCAUUCAUCACAUGUACUGCUUGGUACAAUUUAUCGACGGCAGAUGACAGCAGCAGUAUUACAUUCGCUUGGAAAUAACUGAUAUCCGAACAAGCAAAAAACCUAAACAAUGCAAUUGUGGAAUUGAUGAAUAAAAAAAUCAGGCGCGUGUCUUGACGAAAUAAUAAAAAAAAAACGUUCAACUGGAAAAUGUAGUCAAUUAAAAAACAUAUUCAUUAAAGAAUAAAGAGAGAUUAAAAGAAUCAACACAACAAGAAGUUUACGAAGACAAAAACCACACACGAUACAAAAAAUCAUUUGUAAAUAUAACAUCUCGCGUACAUACAACAUUUUUAUGUACAUACAGUUAACAAAAAAAAACAGAAGAAGAAAACGAAUCAAUGGACGAGACAAACACAUGAAUAUUAUUCAUAUUGUAACCAAAAACCGUGGCCAAGCGAGAAACUAGAGAAAAAAUAUGCACAGAAACAAAGUAAAACUAAUCUAACAAAACGCACUAUGAGGCUAUAAACAGUUUUAAUGAGAAACAAAAAGGAGAAACAUCAUCAAGCGAUUAAAUAUCCUGCUGUAGCGACUAAUAACUAAAUAAAUUUUAAACAUAACUAAACAUAACCAGUAGUGCAAUCAAAAAUAAAACAAGGUUUAACAAGUGGGUAUAGUGUACGUAGGCCUAACACGGAAUUAUUGAUUGAUUGUCAAAGCAGGACCACAUUUAAAUCUAUAUUACACGAGAGAAUCAAAACCAACGUGUGGUGUAAAUCAAACAUUUGAAACGCGACAAUUAUCAUGCUGUUGCAUACCAUUUAGUUAAAUGCCGUUUUGUUGAGAAACUUUAAACGAAUUACUGUUGUUCUAACAUAAGUUUUAAGUUUUAAGCGAAAAGUCCACACAUUCGAUCGGUCAAUGCGUGACUCUCACACACACACAACACAUACACACACUUAGCUGUGAUCUACAAACAAACCAGAGAAGAGGAAAACAAGUGUAAACAUAAACAGAAACAUAAAAGAAUUAAAUUGCAACGAUUUGUGGAUAUAUAGGACUUCAUUGUAUAAACAUAAUGCGCAUUUGUAUAUCGCACUAAUUAAUAUUGAAUCAAGCUUGUUAUUUAUUCGUUUGUAAAACGUUAAUUUUUAAGUUAUUUAUUGAAGGUGUUUUGUUUCGACGAAAACGAAAAGCGCGUUAUAACUAGUUAGUACUUGUACUAAUUACGUAGGUAUGCCUGCUGCAGAUGAAGAGGAAAUAUAAUAUUAUAAUGAUUCAAUUUAGAAUAUAAACGAACGACUCUUUUAGGACGAUUUUAAUCAAAAAUACUUUAAAAUGUUGCAAAAAAAAAUAGUGAUUGAUUAGUGAUUUUAGCCGAAACUAAAUUGAAAUGAUUUUCAUACACUCACACACACACACAGGACACGCAUUCAUAGUGAUAUUGAUAAAACAGAAGUAUUUGCGUUGUUUCUGAAUUACAUAUGUACAGUGAUUUCUAAUGGAAUGAAUUAAAAUGAGAAUAACGUAGAUGACUGAAUAUUAUAAAUAUAUAUUGAAUAAAUAACUGUGUAUGUUGAAUUGAAGCACAAGCAAAGCGAACGAAAAUCGAAAAUAUCUCUCUUCAUACAACAGAAUAAGAAUUUGAUAGCGUUACUGAUUGUAAUUAAACAGUGUGUGCGUAGCUAUUGAACAAAAAAUAUGCGUAGCGUUUGUGAUUUCUUUUUAAGUAUCGUAACGAAAACCAAGGCAAACAAAAUUUAAUAAACACACAUGCAGGAAAUGUAAGUAUCGGACAGCACCCGCGCGCCCUCUCAGCCAUAUCCGUAUCAUUGAUGAAGUAAUUAGCUCCCACAAGCAAUUAACGCAUACAGCACAACAUCGGCGUUCGUGCAAAACAAAAAACAACUAACAUUUUAAACAAAUUAAGAGGACAUUAGCGUAUAAGUAGAGGUGACAAUUGAAAUAUUACGACAUUACGAGAGAAACAAAUUUAUUGAAUAAAGAAAUCAAUAUUAUAUAUAAAUAUAUAUAAAAAUAUAUAUUAUACAAUAUAUAUUAUGGAAAUUUAUCGGUUUCACAGCGCUGGAAUUGAUAAAUCUCCAUUUUAUAUACUAUUAUAUCACUUUAUCAAGUCUUACUUAAAAAGAAAGUUUGAGUUUCUUUCAUGAUGAUACCAUUUGAACUUAGGUUUCACGAAUUCUUGCCAUGAUGAAAUCCUAGUCUAGACUGACAUUAUCGAUGCUUUCCGUAUUCGUACAUUUCGAUGGAGGCAACAUAAAAACAAACAAGAAAAACAUUUGAUUGAUUCUAGAUGGAUAUUUUUUACCAAAAGUGCUCAUUGCUGUUGAUUAUAAAAUAUAAAUACUUAUCUAUAUGUGAGAGGUAAACAAAUAUUAAUAUACACACACAACGCCCACACUAACACACAAAAAGAAAAAAAAUCUACGGGAUGCGAUGAAUACAGGAGUGAUGCUUUUAUUGAAUAUAAAAAAAUCUAAUUAUAAAUUAUAAACGAGAUACAAAUAUAUCUUCUGGGUUGUAAUUACGAAUUAAAUGAAUUCAGUUAAAACGAUGCUAGUGUGUGCGUCAAACUGUUGUCACAAUCAAAUGGUUUUGUAGAAUCGGUUUGAAUGAUAUUUACGAAUAUGAAUAUUAAAAACAAAAAAAGUUAAAGAUGAAUCUCGUAGCGGACGUAGCGGACCGAGAGUCGAACAAAAAAUUGUUUUUUUGGUUUGGUCGUAUUUAACACACCCCCUCACCAUUUAUAUUCGAUAUGAAUAUGUAAAUAAUAUUGUAGAAAAGUGCCUCUUUUAAAUUUGCGCAUCGCUACUGUCUUGGGUCAACUAUUAGAGAGUAAAAAAAGUACAGAGAAUAUCUUGAUUUAUUUCAAUGUUUUAACUGUUGUUAUUAUUUGGUUUAUAAUCGAAUAAAGCUGCAUUUUUACAGUU